AUGAGUGUGGACGCAGAAAACGAGGAGCCAUUCUCCCCACUUGUUUCCCUCCCAUUGGAAAUCUUGUACACUAUCAUAGAAAUCGUUUAUUAUGAUGAUAACUCCAUUAGCAUUAACUCAAAUCUCGAAAACUUUGCAAAUACCAUCCCUUUAUUACUGAAAAAAAUCCAUCAGCUUUCAUUGUGCUUCUUGUAUAAGUAUGCCAUUUUUAACAGGCCUCAUGCAUUCGAUAAGUUCCUCUCGAACUUACUCAACAGUCCUACGAUCGGAAAAUACGUGGAGUACAUGGACUUCCAACAAUUCACGUCCAUCGGACUAGGAAGAACUGGAAGAAUGAACCAGGAAAUUCAGAUGGUCACUAGUGCUACCAUCGCCAAGUCUUUGGGUCUUACUCCUAACUUGAUCGAGUUUUUGGCUUCCGAAAACAUCCAGGACGACAUGGAUGUCAAUGUUCUUGAUUUAUUAUUCAACCAAUUGCCCAAGAUCCAGGCCCUCGACUUUUGUGGUGCCUCUUCCGACGCAUUUGUAAAGGCAUUCCAGCAGCUUUCUUCCCUCGAUAAUUUGAUGAAAAUCUCAUUCCAUGAUUGUUCAAGUCUCACACUCGACAUAUUUAAUAAGCUUCUUCCCAAUUUCACUUCACUCACCCGACUUGAUCUUAACCACACUUCAAUCAAUUCAACCGUACUUUUGAAUUGUUUGCCACAUUCAGUGAGACUUACGCAUUUGUCCUUGGCUCGCUGUUCUAAAUUAACAACCAAAGACUUAAUCAACUUUUUGACUACUCAUCCUGCCGUUGCGAACGACUCACUCCAAUGGCUUAAUCUUCAAAUUGAUACCAACGUUGUAUCUCCACUCUCGGAUGUGUAUCUCCUUUACACACUUCGUCACUUGAAGGCCCCAGACUUGAAGUACCUUAAUUUGGGAGGUCUUCCUGUAAAUUCCAGAAUUUUGAACGUAAUCAAGAACAAAUUCACCAACCUCGAGAGUCUUUCCAUAAGUCACGCCACAGUCUCUUACGACGAUCUUGCAUCUCUUAGCGAAAGCGAAUCUAAGCUUAAAUUUUUGGACCUUACUGGAAUUAAAAAUUUUUCAAGAUGGAAUCUUAACCAGCUACUCAAAACAAUGUUUAACACCUCAUUAAUUGCAGUUGAAUUUGAUUACAAGGUUUUGUUUGAUCUCACAAACAAGGGACAACACAUUAAGAUUACACCAGCUCAGCAGUCAUUCAUUGACGAAGCCACCACACCCCAAGUUUGGAAGUUCUAUGACAAUGAAGGUAGAAGAGCUUGGAUUUACAAACUUGAUGAGUCAGACCCAGAAUUCUCGUCCAUAAUCAACACAACCAGCACAGACUCAUCUCGUGGAAAUGCCUCAUUUUCUUCAAACUUGGUGUACUACGAUUUGGAAACUGGAAACAAAAUUGUCAGCAAGGUCAAAAAGCCGGAAUUUUUGAAGUAUGCAUCCAGAAAGAUCAGUUGUUCUAUUGGAUACUAUAAUUUGCGGAAUGCCAAAAAACUUAGGCCAAAAGAAAAUGGGAAAUACAUCGAGGAUGUAUGGCCCCUGGAAUUUGCACAACGUGGUAUCUACAACUACUAUUCAUUGAAUAUCAAGUAA